GAAAAAUUAAGGCGCGACACGAGUUUGUCCUUCCGCGGUAGCCAUAACCCGGAAGUUAGUGCUCAUGCGCAACUGAACAGUUUGUUUACAGGCGAAAAGUACGAAAUAUUAUCUGAAUUGGCAGAUGAAGUAAGAUUUUUAGAGGUUUUGUUACGAUUCCAACGUUUAUUAGUCGAGUGUGUGGGUGUAAAGUUGGUGCACGCGGGCGCAGUGUGUAAAGGGUUCAGCUGAGGUGAAAGGCAGAGUUGUGUCCAUGGAGACGUGGGUGAGAUUCAGCGCGCAGAGUCAAGCUAAAGAGCGCGUGUUCAGGGCUGCACAGUAUGCCUGCACUCUGCUCGGAUACACACUGCAGAAAGGAGGAGCCGCGGCUCAGCUUUUAACAACCAUCAAGCAGCUGGAAGCUCAUCUGAGUCUCAGCAGAAAACUGAUGCGGUUAGGGAACUCAGCCGAGUCUUUGGAGGCAGCGAAGCGUGCGGUUCACCUCUCGGACUGCGUGCUGCGUCUCUGCAUCACCGUCUCACACCUAAACAGAGCCAUGUAUUUCGCCUGCGAUAACCUGCUGUGGGCCGGAAAGACGGGGCUGCUGCCUCGCCUCGACCAGAACAAGUGGAGCCAGCGUUCGUUCAGGUAUUACCUGUUCGCGCUGAUCUUGAACCUGACCCGCGACCUUUAUGAGAUCUACGGUUUGAUGGAGCGUGAGCGCCGCAACAAAUCCUACCUUUCGGGCGCAGUAGAGAACGGCGAGCUACCCCCCUCCGCUGCAUCCUCCUGCGCGUCCGUCGUUACGGCCAGGCUCCAGCAGCAGCUGCGUUUGCUCGCUGCCGUCCUCCGCAGCAACCCCCCGCUCUUGCUGGACACGCUCAAGAACCUGUGUGACCUCUUCAUCCCACUGGACAAGCUGGAGCUCUAUUCCACCGGGCCGGGAUUCGUGGGGGCGUGCGGCCUCACCUCGUCCGUCCUGUCCAUCCUCACCGUGCUGUACCCCUGGCUCAAACUCAAGCCCUAACCUGGCGUCGGGUCUGGACUGGCGCAAAAUCCCAGACUGGCCAAUCAGAGCAGAGUGUGCUGAUGGUGUCACACCCCCCAGAGGAAACGAAACUUAUAGGAAGGCCGUGUUUGCCUGUGUGUUUGUGUGUGUGUGUUAAAAUAUGAAUAAGACAUGUGCUGGUAAUCAUAGCACGUUCCAGAAUGACAUAAUAAUAAAUAAUAAUAAGGCUUAUAAAAAACAUCCAAGUUUUUAAACGUCACAUAAUUACUAAUAACGAUGUGUGAAAAGUCACUAUAUACUGUACGUGCAGCCCGUAUUAUUAUAUACUGUCCCACAGUGCUGAUGAAUUCUUGAUUCUAAUUGGUCAGAAGGUGUCGAUUUACUUUCUGUAACAGCAGCUAGUUCUAAUACGUUAUCGUUUCCAUAGCAACAGUGCAAUUAAAUAGGAAAAAAAAAGAAGAAAUUUAUUGAGUAUUUUUGUACAUCCUAAAGGUCUAAAGACGUAUCUUUUCCACGAUGAGAAAUGUUUAGGCGAUGGUGAUAUUUGCUAAAGUGCUAUAAGUGGGCGUAACCCUCAAGAGGCGGGGGUUCUAGUCUCGCCUAGGGUCUGUGUGCAUGGAGUUUGCAUGUUCUCCCCGUCCUUGGUGGGGUUCCUCCAACAUGCAUCGUAGACUAAUCAGCGUUCCGAAUUGCCCGUAGUGUCCAGGUGUCCCCCGUCUCCUGCCCCGAGUCCUCUGGGAUAGGAUAAGCGGUGUAGUGGGUGAGUGAGUGUAUUAAACCCCUGCAGAGGCUUUGGGAAAAUAAUCAGCUUGACGAUGGUAAAAGGAAUUCUUCUCUUUUUCGUUCUAAGUCAACCUUGAUCAGUUUUAUUCAUCUCUCCUUACUGAGCGUUUCAACAUUUUCGGUUCUCUCUCUGUGUGUAUAAACAUUCAUCUAUCUGAAAAGCUAACAGCUCACACACGUGCUCAGUUCUUGUUCAGUGCAUGACGGUUAGUGUGAGAGUUAAACAGACUCGGCCGUGUUGUAAUGAUUAGCACAUGCCUGUUAUGUGUCAUUUGUUUCUGUGUGUGUGUGUGUGUGUUGUUUUUGUCUUGCCUUUCUUGCCUGAGGUUACUGCUCCCCAGCUGACAUCUUCCCGAGUGAAAGUCUUAAUUCCUCAUUAACCCCCUAACAGUUCUGUACUGAAUGCACUUCAAUUUCUGCAUUUCACGUGUCAGGGAGACCUGAAUUAAUCUUCAUUAUGGUUAAAUAACUGUAUUUGAACGUGAACAACCCGUUUAACUGUGAGCGGUUACUCUGAAACAGAUGACGAGGCGCACUGAACGUGUACUUGAGCCCUGUUUACUGAAUCAUUCACCUGGAGAUUAUUAAUCUGAACUUUUGAAUCUUUUCCCACGCAGCUCGAGAGAGCACGGCAUUCGGACUUAUAAAUGCUCUGAAUAAAACUUGUACACAGCUACAUAUUAAUGCAUCUAAUUUAACCCACAAUCCAUUGUAUUUUUGUUCUUUCUCCAGUAAAAUUGUUUACUGAUACGUCAUCGACUGCUGAUGGAAUUUUAAUUUCUUCAUUUUAUGUUCUUUUUAAAAAAAUGUUUUGGUUUAUGUUAAAUAGUUAAAUCCAGAGUGAAAAACUAAAUAAAACACAUCUAGUUA